AUGUCCGGCUCCUCCACGCCCGACCUCACGUCGGUCGCCGAAGUCGGGAUCGACUUUGGUGGUUUCAAGAACAUAGACCUCUUCUCGCAGGGCAUCUAUCAGCUGCGCGUCCGUGCUACCACUGAGUGCUCCAAGCGGCAGUGCCCGCCCUCCACCUUCGAGACGGUCCGGCAGGGGCGCGCUCCUCCGCCUCCCACCGACGGCUCCUUUCUGCCGGCCCACGUCCUGGAGGAGAGCGGCGACUUUUGCCUGCCCUCCUUUCGCGUGCGCUUCUGCGACGAGGAGGUGCGGCUGACGACGACGGCGCGCUUCCGCGCCGAGCUCUCUGUCGACAGCAACCCGCGCCUGCGCGGCGCCGACGACGGCUGCGCGGUGCCGCUCGAGCCGGUGCUGCUGGAGGUGCGGCUGAUGCACGCGCGCUCAAACUCGGUCUUCGACGCGGCGGGUGACGCGGCCGCGCAGUCGCGUGCCAGCUUCAAGCA